UUGUAUGCGUCUACGACACGACCGAGCUCUGAGCAUCGACUUCGGCUGGCUCUGGAACGUCACUGACUCUCGUCUCCAAGCUUGACAACAGUUCACAAUGUCUCUCAUACAUGCCCUGGUCGCUCGCGGGACCACCGUCCUUGCGGAACACGCCACGGGAGGAGCAGAGCUGAAACCCGCUGCUCAAAUUACCAUCUUGUCCAAGAUCCCACCGAACAACAGUAAACUCACGUACGUUUGGCAAGAUAGACUCAUACAUUAUGUUUCCUCGGACGGUGUCAUCUAUCUCGUUAUGGCGGACGACUCAGUAGGCCGUAGAAUGCCAUUUGGCUUUUUAGCAGAGGUCGAGCGCAAGUUCACCUCAAUGUUUUCUUCUGAUAUGGUGAUCUCGGCUGGAGGGCAUAGCUUGGAUCAUGAAUUUGAGCCAGAAUUGAAAAAGCUCAUGGAUCAAUACACUGCAAACCCGCCGUCUGAUCCACUCAAACAGGCCAAGACGGAUCUCGACAACGUCAAAGAUAUAAUGGUGCAGAACAUUGACUCGAUCCUCCAACGAGGUGAACGACUAGACUUAUUAGUGGACAAAACGGAUACACUGGCUGGUCAGGCAUACGCCUUCCGUCGAGGUGCAAGGAGCGUCAGGAGACAACAAUGGUGGAGAAAUCAGAGGAUCACUGUCCUGACGGGCGUCGUUUGCGUGCUUUUGUUCUACAUCCUGUUAGCUCAGUUCUGCGGAGCCAGUCUCACAGAAUGCGGUGCGGAUCAUUCUGGCGAGCCGACCUAGGCAAUGGCCCCUGGUGCCAUCCCGCCCUCCCAUUUUCAUCUCGUGCCGAUUAGACGAAUGUUGUACAAUUCCUAUCCCUCAUUGUAUUGACCCACCCCGACUUUGGACUAUGCAUACCGAUAUCCAUG